AAUCUCAAUGCUACAAAACAGUUUACUAAAUCCUCUUCGGACACCACAGCUGCUGCCACCUCUAGAAUAGCACCACAUCAUUUAUUGGACUCUCUGAGCCAUUCUAUCUGCAAGCCAGGUAUAGAAAUUUGCGCUUCGACUGCCUCCGAGAUGACACAUCCAGAAAACAGUUAUUGCAACACCUCCCUUCCUCCCGAGUAUGUACUUACUGAGCCAAAUGACUCCAACAAAGCACCUGAGUGA